UUGUUUGAUGUGUGCACAGUGUCACGAACAGACCGAGAAACCAAACUAACAUUAGUGUUUGAACAUGUUGAUCAAGACUUGACCACUUACUUGGAUAAAGUUCCAGAGCCUGGAGUGCCCACUGAAACCAUAAAGGAUAUGAUGUUCCAGCUUCUCCGAGGCCUGGAUUUUCUUCAUUCACACCGAGUAGUGCACCGUGAUCUAAAACCACAGAACAUUCUGGUGACCAGCAGUGGACAAAUAAAACUGGCUGACUUCGGCCUUGCCCGCAUCUACAGUUUUCAGAUGGCUCUUACCUCAGUGGUCGUCACGCUGUGGUACAGAGCUCCAGAAGUCUUGCUCCAGUCCAGCUAUGCCACCCCCGUGGAUCUCUGGAGUGUUGGCUGCAUAUUUGCAGAAAUGUUUCGUAGAAAGCCUCUUUUUCGUGGAAGUUCAGAUGUCGAUCAACUAGGAAAAAUCUUGGACGUAAUUGGACUCCCAGGAGAAGAGGACUGGCCUAGAGACGUUGCCCUUCCCAGGCAAGCAUUUCAUUCAAAAUCUGCCCAACCAAUUGAGAAGUUUGUAACAGAUAUUGAUGAACUAGGCAAAGACCUACUUCUGAAGUGUUUGACAUUUAAUCCAGCCAAAAGAAUAUCUGCCUACAGUGCCCUGUCUCACCCAUACUUCCAGGACCUGGAGAGGUGCAAGGAGAACCUGGAUUCCCACCUGCCACCUAGCCAGAACACCUCGGAGCUGAACACAGCCUGAGGUCUCAGCAGCUGCCUUGAGCUGAUCUUCUGCAGAACACCCUUGGUGGCUGAUGUUCCCCCUGAGCUAGCCCUGCAGAGCUGUUAAGGGUCACUGUCUGGAGGCUUUCCAGCUACUGUCUUCUGGAUGGGCUCUGCUUCUCCAAGGAAACCGCCUAGUUUACUGUUUUGAAAUCAAUGCAAGAGUGAUUGCAGCUUUAUGUUCAUUUGUUUGUUUGUUUGUCUGUUUGUUUCAAGAACCUGGAAAAAUUCCAGAAGAAGAGAAGCUGCUGACCAAUUGUGCUGCCAUUUCAUUUUGCUAACCUUGAAUGCUGCCAGUGUGAAGUGGUAAUCCAGGCACAGCUGAGUUAUGAUGUAAUCUCUCUGCAGCUGCCGGGCCUGACUUGGUACUUUUGAGCGUGUGUGUGUGUGUGUGUGUGUGUGUGUGUGUGUGUGUGUGUGAGUGAGAGAUUCUGUGAUCCCUUAAAGUGUUACUUUUUGUAAACGAUAAGAAUAUUUUAAAAACUCAAGGCGACCUAUAAAAUAGCAAGCAUUUGUUCACUGAAGGUGAUUGACCAGAAUGGUCUUCUGAAAUUAGAAAGUUGAACCACGUCCUCAGCAUUUCUUUUCUGGCCAAAAGUAGUAAGUUUGCUAGCAGUAAAAGGUGACGUUUUAUACACACAGCAAAAA